AUGGCGUCCAAAGUCAAACAAGUCAUACAGAAUCUCACUGUGGAGAAAGACAAGAAAGGCAAAGGUGGGAAGGCCCCCACACAACGUGAAGAAGAAUCCUGCCUUCUGGAAGACGAGAAGCCUGGGGGAGCCAGGAGACUUGUGCCUAACUUUCAAUGGGCCAUACCUAAUAGACAUGUUGAUCACAACGAAGACGGAGAGGAUGAAGGGCAGGGCAUGGAAGCCAAGGGAAAGAGUAAGAAGCAGCUGACCAGGUCUUACAUGUGUCUCCUAGAACCUGGACCUGACUAUCAUUCCGACAUUUGCCUUGUGCAGUGA